UCCUCACAUUUAUAGAUACAGUUUUCUAAUUACAUUUUUAUUUCUUUAUUUCAAUUUUCUUGGUUGUUAAAUUAAAUCAUCAUCAUUUCCGAGUGAAAUUUUGUAUAGAGUGAAAUAAAAAAGAUACCGGAUAUAAAGGGUGUGUGUGUGUAACAGAGAAGGAUUUUGUGCGGGCGAAGGAUUAUUGAAUUUUCCAAAAAAAAAAAAACAAAAAAACAUUUGUUUCAGAAAUUUCUUCCUGGAAGAAAAAAAGUUUUCGUCAUUUUGUGAAAUUUUUCCAUAUUUUACUGAAAAUUGUCUAUUAAAUCGUCCUUUUUCACAACUUAAAGGGCAAGAGAAAAUUAUUAUAAACAGAAUCCUUUUUAAUUUUAAAUGUUAUCAAAAUACCACGGAGGGAAAAAUUGUUAUUGAAAUGCUCCACAACUAUCAUUGCUAGUAGUAGAAUUUAAAUAUGCGACGUCUAAAGAUCUCGCUGAAGAAGUACUUUUUCCUAACAUCGUUUUUUGCAUUGCUAUUGAUUUUUGGAUUCAGUUUUAAAGAUCGUGAAGUUUGGAAGCCAAAAUCAACAUCAUCAGGAGCAGCACAAAUAUUCCAACUUGAUACAACCGAAGUAGAAGAAAGUGUUCAUAAUCAUCAUCAUCAUCAAAAUGCAGACGAUUUGGAAAAUUCAAUAUACGAAGCUACCGAAACUGUGCCAUCAUCUUUUGCCAAUAGCCAACAACAGACAAAUAACAACAACAACAACUAUGAAAGUGAACAACAAAGUGAUCAGCUGCAAAAGUCAAGUGGUGAUCGAACUUCGAAGGCAUGGUUCUUUAAGAACGGCGAUAGAUAUCCAAUGCCAUGGCAGAGGACGAAAGGAAAGAACAAAAUUCCGCGAUUAUUGCCACAUGCCGAUAAGCACAGUGAUCGAAUAAUGAAUCAAUUGAUGUUUGUUCCACCGAAUUAUGAACAAAUUCAGGAAAGUGGACAAAUGAAACAGAUAUUAUUGUAUAAUGGUCUGGGACCAUGGAAUAUUAAAAAUGGGAGAGAUGUAUUUUUUAAAAAUAAAUGCCCAGUUGAUACGUGUGAAAUAACAGCGAAUAGAGAUAAGGCUAAUACAGCAGAUUUGGUGCUGUAUAAGGAUCAUUACAUUCCAACAGGUGUUCGAAGACCACCGAAACAAGUUCAUAUGUUGUAUUAUUUAGAGUGUCCAUAUCAUACGCAAAAUGUCAAAGUUCCUGACGCUGUUAAUUGGACGUCAACCUAUAGGAGAGACAGUGACAUUGUUGCACCAUAUGAAAAAUGGCAAUACUAUAACAGUAAUAUUCGACAAAUUGAACAGGAUCGAAAUUAUGCACUAAACAAAACCAAAAAAGUUGCAUGGUUUGUGUCGAAUUGUGGUGCAAGAAAUGGCCGAUUACAAUUUGCUCAUGAAUUACAAAAAUAUAUCGAUGUUGACAUCUAUGGAGCUUGUGGCUCAUUCAAGUGCUCACGUAGUACGGCUGACCGAUGCUUCGACAUCCUUGACCAUGAUUACAAAUUCUACCUCGCCUUUGAGAAUUCCAAUUGUAAGGAUUAUAUUACCGAGAAAUUCUUUGUGAACGCACUCAAUCGGAAUAUAUUACCCAUUGUUAUGGGUGCCCGUCCGGAGGAUUACGAAGUGUCGUCGCCUCAUCGAUCUUACAUUCAUGUGGAUGAAUUUGCCUCACCCAAAGAGUUAGCCGAGUAUUUGAACAUCUUGGAUAAGGACGAUGAAUUGUACAAUUCAUACUUCAAAUGGAAGGGUACAGGUGAGUUUAUAAAUACAUACUUCUGGUGUAGAGUGUGUGCAACAUUGCAUGACGAAGAGGGUUUAAAGAAACCUAGAUGGUAUACGGAUAUAAAUGAUUGGUGGCGAGGUGCUGGAGUAUGUACAAAUGGUUCGUGGCGGAAUUUCAAAGCGCGCAAAGACAUAAUCACAGAUGAUUAAGAAGGGGGGGCGGAGGGAGGGGAUGGUUAUUUAUGUGUAGGUAUAUUUAUUAUUAAUUAUUAUAUAAAUAGGUAUUCAGAUUAUUGCAUUGCAAUAGGCUUAAAAUAAAUAUAAAUUUGUUUUUUGUUUUCAUUAAGUUGGUCGUACUGAUUUUUUUGUUUAAAGAGAACAAAGAAAAAGAAAAAAAGAUGAUUUAAGCCUUAUUUGUUUUUAAAUAAAAUUUGAAAUUUGGCCCAAGGGUGAGACUGUAGUAAGUUAAAAGAAACUUUAUCCAAUUGGUUAUAUGAGUGAGAUAAAAAUCGUUGCCAAAAUAACUGGUUAGUGAAUUUUCUUAGUGAAAUUUGUGAGAACUAAAUUUGGGUUUUGGUUAAGCUGAAUUGCGCGAAGGGUAAUCAAAAUUCAAAAGCGUGUGUUCAGUAUCUUAACAUUCCUAAAAUGAACUGUGGACUCCGAAACUUUCCAUAAAGACCAGACAUUGCAUAUUUUUCAAUACAUAAAAAAAAGUAUGUACUAGGUACAUGUACACGCAAUACUUCAUGCUUCUCACUCACAGAAAUAAACUUAGUAACCAUUACAAACAAAACUGUUCAACAAAUUGAGAACAAGAUGGUGCUAAGAUCAUCAGUUAAUCCUUCAUUAUUGUUGACAUUCUAGUUAAAAAGUUAAUUUUUACUCUGUAUACCUAAACGGCGGCGGAAAAAAGUAUAACCACAAAAAUAUAUAAAAUGAAGAAAUGAUACAGAAAUCGUUUAUGGAGAUAAUUUGAAAAACGAACGAGGUUUUGGGUUUGAAUCCCAUCAGCAUCUACCACCUAAACAUUUUUUGUUCAGGGGUUCUACCUCUUGCGAAGAAUUGACAGAGUAAAAUUGUGAUGAAAAAGUGCAUCUCAGUAAAAAAAAAUGUAGGUCCCUUUUAUUCCUGCAAAUAGAUAAUAUGCACAGAAGAAUGGUUGAGAGUAUUUUGCAACUAGGCCUUGUUUCUUUAUGGAGUGGUCGUUUCAGAAAUGUAUUUCUGUUGAAAUCACUCGUCUUCCUUCAGCGUAGGAAGGAUAAAUAAGUGCAAGUACUUAACUUCGGUUAAGAAGAAAUAUUCACUAACUGCUACUGAAAUCGUAUGUACUUAUUUUUACUUAAAAUGCAACACUUAAAUUUCCAGUGUCAAGUACAACUUAUUCGGAAAUUUAACCACUUGCCACUUACUGUAAAACUUGCCUCAACUUAUUUUAAUAUUUAGUCAUGUCAACACUGUCGAACAUCAACUAUAUGACCGACAAGUUGGAGGUUCUGGGAUAAAAUCCAACCUAUACCGACUUGAUUUUUUUCCUCUUCUAAGGAAUUCGCAAAGCCUUUAGAAGUCUCAAUGUCAUUUCUUCUCAGUCGUUCGUUUACGAAUGAUGGCCAAUGAUUCUUUGUGAGGUCAUUGCGGUGGUAUUCAGUAACUCCGUUUACAAAGUUUAC